GAAGCUAAGACUGUCUGCAAGCAAUUACUGACUCGAGCUCAUGAAUGUGAAUUUGGGAAAGUAACAGAUGACGAUAAACCAAUUUGGCAAAUCGUUGAGGAUCGCGAAGAAAAUAAGCAUAAAGAAGAUGUUAUGCAAGUAUGCAUCACAAAUAUGGUGGAUGCAUAA